AGGCCGGGGUGGGUGGGGGGAGGGCCGGGUGUCGGCGCGCUUGGCGUGCGGGAUCCGAGUGGCUGCGGGCGGCCUGGGCUGCCCGGCCGACGCCUGCUGCGAGAUGGCGAUCUUGGGCGCGGAGGGCUGAGGAGGCGCCGCCGCGGUGGCCGCGGGCCCCGGGAGCCGCAGCUUCGCGCGGGGUUGUCUCCUCACCAGACUAUGAGCUCCUUGACAGAAGAAAUCGUGUCUUACUCAUCUUUGUAUCCUCAGUGUCUGGCACAAUUCCUGAUACACAAGUCAAGGUGAAUUUUGGGACAUGGCCACUGCUUCACCAAGGUCUGACAGUAGUGAUAACCACAGUAGAAGGUUGCAGUUAAAGGUAACGGUUUCUAGUGCCAAACUAAAAAGAAAAAAGAACUGGUUUGGAACAGCAAUAUACACUGAAGUCAUUGUAGAUGGAGAAAUUAAGAAAACAGCAAAAUCCAGUAGUUCUUCUAAUCCAAAAUGGGACGAGCAGCUGAUUGUAAAUGUGACCCCACAGACCACCUUGGAGUUUCGAGUUUGGAGUCAUCAUACUUUAAAGGCAGAUGCUCUAUUAGGAAAAGCAACAGUGGACUUGAAACAAGUGCUGUUAACACACAACAGAAAAUUAGAAAAAGUGAAAGAACAAUUAAAACUUUCCCUGGAAAACAAGAAUGGAAUAGUGCAAACUGGGGAACUGACAGUUGUCCUUGAUGGAUUAGUGAUUGAGCAAGAAACUGUAACAAACCACAGCUCCUCGCCAACCAUAGAAAUUCAGCAAAAUGGUGAUGCCUUACAUGAGAAUGGAGACCCUUCAACAAGGACAACUCCCAGGUUGGCUGUUGAAGGUACUAUUGGAAUUGAUAAUCAUGUAUCAACAAAUACUGUUGUUCCUAACUCAUGCUGUUCACAUGUAGUUAAUGGAGAAAACACACCUUCAUCCCCGUCUCAGGUUGCUGCCAGACCCAAAAAUACUCCAGCUCCAAAACCACUCACAUCUGAGCCUACCACUGACACGGUUAAUGGAGAAUCAUCAUCUGUCCUAGCUGAUAAUACUUCAACCAUGGAUACUUCACUACCAUCUGAAGAUACCACCUCGACUUCCAAUUGCACUAGCACCGUCGUCCAAGAGCCUCCUGUACAAGAACCCACAGCAUCCCCAGAACACAGUGAAUGUAUUUCUUCUGUCAGUGCAGAAGUGGGACCAGAAGCUCGGAGCCUCAUAGACCCCGACUCUGAUUCUAGAAAUAAUUCUGUUUCUGACAAAGUAAGGCAGCCAGAAGGGUGUGUAGAACCUCUGCGGCCACAGUCUGGAAACACCAACACAGAAUCUUUGCCAUCAGGGUGGGAACAGAGAAAAGAUCCUCAUGGUAGAACCUAUUAUGUGGAUCAUAAUACUAGAACUACUACAUGGGAAAGACCACAACCUUUGCCUCCAGGUUGGGAAAGAAGAGUUGAUGACCGUGGAAGAGUUUAUUAUGUGGAUCAUAACACCAGAACAACAACCUGGCAGCGACCUACCAUGGAAUCUGUUCGAAAUUUUGAACAGUGGCAGUCUCAGCGGAAUCAAUUGCAGGGAGCUAUGCAACAAUUCAACCAACGAUACCUCUAUUCGGCUUCAAUGUUAGCUGCAGAAAAUGAUCCAUAUGGACCCUUACCACCAGGCUGGGAAAAAAGAGUGGAUUCGACAGACAGAGUUUACUUUGUGAAUCAUAAUACAAAAACAACCCAGUGGGAAGAUCCAAGAACUCAAGGCUUACCAAAUGAAGAACCCCUGCCAGAAGGCUGGGAAAUUAGGUACACCCGGGAAGGUGUUAGGUACUUUGUUGAUCAUAAUACAAGAACAACAACAUUCAAAGAUCCUCGCAAUGGGAAGUCAUCGGUAACUAAAGGUGGUCCACAGAUUGCUUAUGAACGCAGCUUUAGGUGGAAGCUUGCUCACUUCCGUUACUUGUGCCAGUCUAAUGCACUACCCAGUCAUGUAAAGAUCAAUGUGUCCCGACAGACAUUAUUUGAAGAUUCCUUCCAACAGAUUAUGGCAUUAAAACCAUAUGACUUGAGGCGGCGACUAUAUGUAAUAUUUAGAGGAGAAGAAGGCCUUGAUUAUGGUGGCCUUGCAAGAGAAUGGUUUUUCUUGCUUUCCCAUGAAGUUUUGAACCCAAUGUAUUGCUUAUUUGAGUAUGCAGGCAAGAAUAACUAUUGUUUACAGAUAAAUCCAGCAUCAACUAUAAAUCCUGACCAUCUUUCAUACUUCUGUUUUAUUGGUCGCUUUAUUGCAAUGGCACUAUUCCAUGGAAAGUUUAUUGAUACUGGUUUCUCUUUACCAUUCUACAAGCGUAUGCUAAGUAAAAAACUUACUAUCAAGGAUUUGGAAUCUAUUGAUACUGAAUUUUACAACUCUCUAAUCUGGAUAAGAGAUAACAAUAUUGAAGAAUGUGGCUUAGAAAUGUACUUUUCUGUAGACAUGGAGAUUCUGGGAAAAGUUACUUCACAUGAUUUAAAGUUGGGAGGUUCCAAUAUCCUGGUGACUGAAGAAAAUAAAGAUGAAUAUAUUGGCUUAAUGACAGAAUGGCGUUUUUCUCGAGGAGUACAAGAACAGACCAAAGCUUUCCUUGAUGGCUUUAAUGAAGUUGUUCCCCUUCAGUGGCUACAGUACUUUGAUGAAAAAGAAUUGGAGGUUAUGCUGUGUGGCAUGCAAGAGGUUGACUUGGCAGACUGGCAGAGAAAUACUGUUUAUCGACAUUAUACAAGAAACAGCAAGCAAAUUAUUUGGUUUUGGCAGUUUGUGAAAGAGACUGAUAAUGAAGUACGAAUGCGACUCUUGCAGUUUGUCACUGGAACCUGUCGCUUGCCUCUAGGAGGAUUUGCUGAACUCAUGGGAAGUAAUGGGCCUCAAAAGUUUUGUAUUGAAAAAGUUGGCAAAGACACCUGGUUACCAAGAAGUCAUACAUGUUUUAAUCGCUUGGAUCUACCACCAUAUAAGAGUUAUGAACAACUAAAGGAAAAACUUCUUUUUGCAAUAGAAGAGACAGAGGGAUUUGGACAAGAAUGAAUGUGACUUGUCUUGGAGGAGCUCUUGCAUUUAAAUACCCCAGCCAAGAAAAAUUGCACAGACAGUGUAUAUAAGCUGUUCAUUCUGUACAGUUAAUUUUCUGAACCUCUCAAAGUAUAAAUGUUUUCUGUUCUUCCACAGAAAUAUGCAAAACAUUUCAUCAUUUUCUACUUUAUUUAUUGUUCCCUUGAAAUGACUGACCAGGAAAAAAAAAUCAUCCUUAAAUUUUGACGCAAGCAAGAGAAUUUAUUAAAAAGUAUGUAUCUAUAUAACCAUAUAUGACAGUGGCUCUAGUUUUAUAGAGCGCCAGGUGUAUUAAACAUGGCAGGCGUUCAUUCACAAAGCUCUGAAUUUGCUUUGCCUUGUUUCUGUUAUCCAGGGGAAAAGUGCAAAUGUUACAUGUUCUUCUCCCUAGGUGACAUUGGAUUGUGUUUAGCUGCAUGGCUGUUCAGGAAGGUAUUUAGGGCUUAAGCCAACUCUUACUUUAAGUGUAUUUUUUUUUUUUUAAUGCUGCUGGCUUUUCUGAAGACAAGUACUUCAACUUACUAAGUUGUACUAAAUGAAUAGUUUUAAAAAAAAAUCCCAUCAUUGUUAUAUCAGUAAACACAGAAGUCAUGUAAUAGAUCCAGUGGCCUCUAGAAGCAGCUGGAAUUGAUUUGCUGAACAGCAGAGGUCUAUUUACAUGUUACUUUGGAUGUUGGGUAUUUGUGGAAGUUUAAAGAAUCAGGCAUUUCUAUACUUGACAUUUUUUAAACUUGUAAUGUUCUUCAAAUUUAAUUAAUAAUAAAUUGAUAGUUUAAUACUUAGGUAUACAUAAAAGGUACUGAACUUUGCUGCUUUUGUGCUCAAGGUUUACUUUUAUGAAAUCAGAGAUAUUAUAAAUGGAUUGAAAAGCUGCAGAAGUAUUUAAACACACUAAGUACUUUUUAUUAGUGUUUGAAUGUCCCCACCCCUUCCUUUCAAAAUCAAAAUUGUUUCUAAAUUCAGUAGGUAUAUAAAAAAACCCUUCAUGCCCCCUAUUUUAUAUAGGGCAUGUCUUCUCCAAAUAACACUGAUUUUUUUUUUUCAUUAUAAGGGCAUUCAUGGUGUAUGAAAAAAUUUAAAAUCUAAUGUGAAUGAUACUGCUACUUUUAGCAAACUGGGCUUCCUAAUUAAUAUAAAGCAUUAUUUUCCAUUUUUAUCCUUUCAAUAUGCACUGCGAAGUUCAUUAACUUAAAUUUUUCUAACUAUGAAGUUCACUUAGAAUUAUAACUUCUACCCACUAGUUUAGUUUUGCUAAGAUUUUAUUUUUCUACUUUAGAUUGUGUUCUUCAGUUUUAUUCAGAAUUCAAAAAUAAACAAAAGCAGUAGGCUACUUAGUUGAAUAAACUAUAGAAAAUCUGGUUAUUCUCAAGCUUAAAGAUUUCUUUUUAAUUCUAAUAUAUGACAAGUUAUAUAGUAAAUGAUGGCCAGUCUUCAAAAGUCCUGCAUAAAUUAUUCUGUAAAAUAAUAAACUUGCUAUGACAGAAAGUAUUGGCUUUCAUUCAGUGGAGGUAUUUGAGACUAUCCUUUUGCAGAUAUGGUUCAAGGUGGCUUUCAGGUACCAUUUCAGAGAGCUGUUCCCUUUUGUUAAGUUACCUCAUGUGAGUAACAGAACCCACAAGAUCAGACCAGCCUUCUGGGGAAGACUAGUUUGCAGACCUCAUCAGACUAUUCUAUCUUUCAUCAUACCAGUUAUAGAUUUCAGACCUAAAGACUUGUUUACCUACUCAGUAGUCAACAUAAAGUCUUAAAAGAGAUGUGAUUCACCUCCUGCUAUCUCUCCUUCCCAUCCCUGUUCUGAACUGGACCCUCUACACCCGGCUGAAUACAGUCAGUGAAAAUGGGAGAUGAGGAGGACCGGAAGGCAGGUUAAUAAUGAUACUUUAUUAUACUGACAGUUCCCAACAUCACCAAUAACUUGAGCUUAGGGAAUGGAUCAUCGGCAUAAAACAAGUUUUGCCAAUCAGCUCAGUCACCUGUUUUGGGGAAAAAAGCUAUUAUUUGUUUUUGUUUUUUGUUUUUCUCUUCUCUUCUGUAUUGUUUUUCCAUACUUCCUAGGCAGUUGAAAAUAAAAAUGUCAACAUUU